AUGGACAGCAUGGUUGUGAGGGUCAAGGGAUUUCUGGAUGAUCAGUUCAAUCAGCUUCAGAAACUGCAAGAUGAGAGUAGUCCAUAUUUUGUGAUGGAGGUUAUGACCAUGUUCUUUGGUGAUUCUGAGAAACUUCUAAAUAGAAUUGCACUAGCUCUAGAACAAAAACCUGUGGAUUUCAAAAGUGUAGAUUCUAAUGUCCAUCAGUUCAAAGGAAGCAGUGCCAGUGUUGGUGUUGUGAGAGUUAAAGAUGUCUGCACUAACUUCAGAAAUAUUUGCGAGGCUCAGAACCUGGAAGGGCGAGUUGUGCAAACUGCAACAAGAAAUCCAAGCUGCUGGUGGUUCAGUUUCCACAGUGGAAUAGAUGCAAGCGACAUGAUUGUCAUAUAGUGGAAACCAAAACAAGCUACGAAACAGUGGUGGAAAUCUUCUGUUACCAAUCCGUUCGAUGGGAACGUUGCUGGGUUGGAACAGUGCUGUUUAUCCAGUGGAACUUUGGUGGAAUAUUAGCUGGUUCAAUGUAUAAUCAUGCAGGAGUACAAUGCAUAUAUUGUUUUAAAGAUCAUUUGCAUGUUAGUGCUUUUUGUUGUAUCGGGGUUAUGCAGUAUUUUAGUCUCCGCUGCCUUAAAUACUUAGUAACCUCUUUGUAUUCAUUAAUAUGGUUUCUCUGGAACCACUUAAUUAAUAUUAUCUUUGUUUGCUGAUCAUAAAAAAAAAAAAAAAAAACCUACGAAACCUAAGCUUUUGAUGGAACAGUUUAUUUUGUACAAGUUUUUAUUUGUUUUGGGGUUAUG